GCGACCGCUCGGCGUCCCCGCAGAAGUGUACACUGAGUCUGCGAGGUGGGCUGUCGGACACGGCCACCCGGAGAAAUCCCAGGGAAAAAAAAGGGCGAAAUCUAGACAAUGAGCACGUUGUAUAAGCGCGUCUAAGUCGCGACCGAGGAGGCCUCAUGCCAAAGAGGGUAAAAAGCAGCUCUUCCUCGGCGGGCGCGGCGGCAGGCGUGAAUAAGGCCUGGGAGCCGGCGCUCAUAGCCGCCCCUUUCCAAGAGGAGAGCUGGAGGGCCGACGUCUCUUUCGUUGUUGGAGGGAGCGCGGAGGAUGAGGAGCACAUUAAAGCCCUCGUCAUGGCCGCGGGGGUGCCUUUGCGGAAGCUCUUCAGCGUGGUCACCUGGGACGGACUGAUGGACAAGAUCAAUGAACUAGGAGUCGCAAAGGCAAAGAAACCUAAAGACGUCCCCAUGUUUUCGGAGGUUACAGAGUCUGCAAAAUGCCUCCUGAGUGCAGGGGACGAGCUGCCAGCGCAUCUCAUUGGAAAGCUCUUGAAGUUCCAGCUGCUUGCUGCAAAACACGCUGACCUACAAAGACGAGCAGCGGAGCAGAAGGCUGCAGAGGAUAAAGCGAAGCCCAAGACAGGAGGCCCCCCAGCGAAGGAGAAAGCGGACAAUAAAACCCCCGUGAAAGGCGACAAAGCCAAAAAGGGCCCGGAGCCGCCUCCUCCCGUUAAGGAGACUAAGCUCAAGCGAAGAGGAGAGGAAGACGACACAAAUAAAUAUAUUGACGAUGAACCGGACGACGGCCCAGAGCACUACGUGUUGAUCGUGGGUUUCUGCCAGCCUCAGCUGGUGGCCAUCCUGGACGAGCUGGGGGUUCACGUCUCCAACGUCAUCAAAGUGACCUCGGAGAGCUACGACACCUCAAAGGCUCCCGAGGAGUCACUUGCUCUGCAGGAGUGUGCUCCCCCAGCAGCGGACCAAUGUCCUCUCACAGCCCCUGACGCCCAGGAUCUGAAGAAAAAGAAGGAUUUAGAGAUGUUCUGGAAGUACCUGGAGCCAAUUUUGAACAGUGGGAAACCCCAGUCAAAGCUCUUCGAAGUGGCGAGGCUGCAGUAUGUGGUGAAGGAUGCCAUCUUACCUCAGGACAGGAGCAACAAAGAGAUGAUGCUGGAGUUUGGAACAUUGCUGUUUGAGGACAUUGCUUGUCUGAUCUAUGACAGCCUAGACUGGAGGAGACAACACCUCAAUUAUCUCAAUAACAUGAAGCUGAUCAAUGUUCCAGCUGUAGCUAAAGGAAAUGGCCAGACAGAGCAAAUUUCAGCGGCUGAUAUUGCCAUCACAACAGCACAGACACCAACUACAAGAAAGAAGCCGGUACAAGAUGAACUGCCACAACCAAUACAAGAUUCCCCUGUGCUCACCACUGACGUGGACAUGCGAUAUUACAAUGACCUGCUGGGCUUGAUUCCCCCAGAGAGUGUAUCUGUGCCUUUAAUUCUUCACUGCAUGCUUGAACAGGUUACUGCAACAGAAAAUGAUGUCCUUCCUUUAUCUGAAAGAGCACCGGAACCACAUCCUGAUGAACUGGACGAUAGUAUUGCAAAUUGCAUGUUAUCAACAGUGCUGAGUCUCUCAAUUUCAGAAGAGGAGAAAAAGAAAUUAUUAAAAGAUUUCAAUAUUCAAGAAAGACAUCUAAACCGUAAGAAGCGUGUGCGUCCCUUGCUCCUGAACUGUCAUGAUGAGCGAGCGCUGAGGCUGCACCACCUGAACAGUGAUGAAAUUUUUGAUCCAGUAAAAGCUGAAGAACAAAUGUUUAAAAAGAUGCCAGCGUCAAAAUUCCUUAAUGUACCACAGCCUUCUAGUGAAAAGCCGUGGUCGACCAGAAUUCAGGAACUCAUUUAUUUUUGUACGGAUGAGUCCCUGAGCUGGCCAGAAGUUGAAAGAGCCUUCAAUCAGUUUGUGUUUGAAGGCAUGAAGCUGACAGGGGUGGAUGAGCGUGGGUGCCUGGUGGAGACCGGGGUGGGGAAUCCAGGGGCGCUGCCCUGGGCUGAUCCUGUCUCGUUUGCAAAACAGAUGAGAAAACAAAUGACAGAGAACAAGGAGAUAAAGAGCACAAGAGGCAGUGAAACUCUGGUGCACAGUUCUGAGAGAGAGGGCCGGAAACCCUACUGCAGGUCAGACAGCUAUGUGCACUUUGGCAACGAUGACCCGGAGCCUGAAACAUUUCUGAAGAAUAAGGAAUUAGAAGAAAGGUGUCAGUCCAUCAGAACCGAUAUUGAGGAAAUCCAAAAGGCUCAGAUUCGAUCAUUGAGAGACUGGUACUUUGCAGAGCACUACGAACCGAAUGUGUUUUUACAGGUUCUCCAGAAUGCUUCCCAAACGUAUGGAUGCACUGAUAUGUACCAUCGCAUGCAGGAUAACUCGCUGUUCUUGGUCUUUCACAACCCUAUGAACCAGCAGCGGCAGAGCAGGGAGUUCUGGGAUAUGGCCCUUCACUCGGACGUUGGGUUUAGAAACUACCUGGAAAAUGUUGCCGACUCGAUUUGCGACUGGGUGAGGGAAGAGGAAGUGAAGAGGCGAGCUUCCCUGUGCCUGAGAGCAGCAGACAGCCAGGCGUCACAGCCGCCCGCCGCUGGUGCGGCCAGGUCCAGAUCCGCCACGCCGAAGAAGAAGGUCAAACCCCCGUCUCCGAAGAAGACCGGGAGAUCACCUAGUAGGUCACUAAGCAAAACUGAAAACACUACUGAACCUCAGUCAGCACGGAACCCAUACACGCGUGAAGGUUCACUUAAGGCAUGGAAGGAAGAGCAGGAGAGACUGAAAGAGGAGGAGUCUGCAAAGAAAGAGAAGAAAGAAAAGGGGGGAAAGAAGAAAGCGGACAGAUCAGAGUCAGCUGACAGCAAAAGAGCCCCGUCUUCUCCCAAGAAAUCGUCCCGAGACCGAAGAAAAGAGGAGCCCGUCAAAACCCCCGAGCCUGCUGCAGCUCAAGAGCCCGACACAGCAGCAGACCUGCCUCCCGAAAGGGCCUAUAAAUUCACGGGCUACAAUAUGGGUGACAACCUGAUUCAGGUUUCCGGACAGGUUCAGUCCCUGUUUCCAUCUGACGGGGGACGUAUUAGAGUGGAAAGCACACGUUUUGUCCAAGGUAUAUCCUUAAUAGAGGUGAAUGUGAUAAAAGACAAACAUCACUUUUUCAUCCACGUCACUGACCCAAAGAAAGAUUUGGAGGAUAAACAAAAACCUGAGACGAAAAACGAAGCCGUCUUUGCUCAUAAAGAAGAAUGCCCAAAACAAAAGAAAAGAGUGAGUAAAUUUGGGUCCUUCUCUGCCAUGCUUGAAAAUGGAAUGCAUCUCUCCUUCAGCAACUACGGCUCCUCAGGUGGAGGCAGAGAUGACAAAGACCCCCAGCUGGAAUCGGUGCUGGACAUCCCUUCCGUCUCCACACCCUCCCCUGUCCCCUCCACCUCCGUGUCUCCCUCCACCCCGGGGAAAAGAGCCAAGUCCCCCCGGGCCAAGUCUGGGCGCUCGCCCAAAGGCUCUCGGGCCAGAGGGGGCGCUACGCCACCCCUUCCCGUCGAGGACCGCCCGCGGCAGGAGGACACGGCGGACGGGCUGAAACUCGGGGUCGAUGUUGAGCCCCCUGCCACAGAGUCUCUCAGCGGAGAAUCUGCAGACCUCCCUCCGUUCCAGCCUCUGAGUGUUUCUGCACCGAAUGGGCUGGUAGUGAAGUUCUUUAGUGAAAUGUCAGCAGGUUUAAGAGCAGAUUCCCUGCAGGAGUCGCACAAAAUCCUAGUGAGACAGAGUUUCCCAAUCCCCCACAGUCAUCUCUAUCGUGACCAAAUGAGCGAACUCUCGCUGAUCCGAGAAGUGUCAAGAGUCAUAACCAGCCAAGGAGCUGUGAUCAAGUACAUGCGGAACGGUUCUGCUGAGGUUCUUUUUGCUGACGGUACUGUGAGCAAAAGCUCCAAUUCAGGGCCGAUUUAUAAACCUCCUCCUGACUCUCCUCCACCCCGUGGUCCCGAAGAAGAAACUCCUGUUAAAAAGGAGUCAAAAGAACAGAAGCCAGAGGUGAAAGAAGUCGCAGAUAAGAAAGGAAAGCACACCCAGAAGACAAGUACCGCUGCACUUAAGACAGAACUGAACGAGGCCAGUGUUUUGGAUCAAAAGGCUGAAGUGGGCUGCAGUGUUGAAUCCCCAGAGGAGACUUGGGUGACCACAACACCAUCUGGCCUCAGGGUGGCAACCGAAGGAAAUCGGAGUAUUGAAAUGAAGCACGCUCUGGCUUACAAAGCCACAGACCCAGUCACUGGGGCAGUUAUGAUAACCCGAGAUGAUAAAGUAGUCACUGUGUUGGAAAGGGAUGGAACUGUCAUUGUGGAGCAUGCUGAUGGGACCAGAAUCACCACUCUGGACCAAGAUGUUGAAAUUCCAGUGACUGACGACCACCAAGAGACAGGUGAAGAUGUACCAACCAUCUCUAAAAAAGCAAAACAUAUUUGGAUAGAGUGUCUGGGAUUUGCCACUGUGAUACUGAACUGUGACGACUGCACAAGCACAGCUGUUUUUGGAGAUGGAACUAAAAUAACAGCUCACCCUCAAGGAUCUUACAAGGUCUUACCAUCAAGCACAGGGUGUCUCAGCAUUUACCCAGAUGGCCAGGCAGUGUACAGCUCCAAACCAGAUUGUGAUGUAACACUGGCCCCUAUUGGUACCAACUUGGAACUGCAAUCUGGAAGCUACAUCAUGCGACACACCACAGAUGUUAUCUGUGAGGUUAUGGAUCCAGAGGGAAACCUCUUUCAGGUGAUGGUAGAUGGACAAACCUCAACUGUCAUCUCCAGCACAGAAGAUGGCACAGAGGAAGAGGAGGGUCCAGAGUCUUCGGAGCCCAGGCAGGAUUGCAAACAACACUCACCAAGAGCCUUCAAUCGUGACAGAUUCUUCAUUGCUCAUGCCGACGGCUCCGGAACAGAGCUGCUGCGCUCCCGAGACGUGGAGGCCGCUCUGUCCGAAGCCUACAGCGACCCUUCGACCGCAGUGCUGAAGGAGCCCCUGUCUGAACUCGCAGGGGUCCUCGGAUUGACGAUCCUCCGGCCAGGCCCAGAGGGCGCGUGGUCCCGAUGGCUCGUCCGGAGUGAAGGAGACAUUGUCCCUCCCAACCUUAAGUCUAGGAAAUGGAACGAUUUCCCUUCCAGAGAGAAGAAGAAGUCUGGACCUCCCUUCGGGACCUCUCUUGGGAAGGGGCUGUACUUGAACGAAAUAUCAGUGUCUGCUCCUUCUGCGCCUGUAUUUAAGUGUCCUGAGGUGAUUGAAAUUCGCCACCUUAUCCAGUAUGACCCCAUGAGCAGCACCCUGAGGAGGAAGAUGGAACUGCGAUUAAAGGUACUUAUUUCAGCCAGUGUGAAUGCACAAAUAGACCAUAAGUCGUCGAGGUCUCUCAUCAAUUAUCAAAAGGUAGCCAGGUCUUUGCUGUUAAAACUCUUACUUUAAUCUACCAUCUG